AUGGCAUUGCCGGAGGUAAGGGCGCCGACAAGCCCGCCCCAACGGUGCUGCUCCUCGGUGGGCUGGGGGAGUCGGCCUCCAUCUUUGGUAUCUAACCCAGUUCCGCCCUUGUCCGUCCCACAAGCGGUGCGGACAAGGGCGGCUGCGACCCACAUGUCACAUCUGUUCCCCGAGUUCAAGCUGCUGCUGGACCAGCAGGCGCCGGAGGAGACGGAAGCGGUGCUCAUGCAGGCUGACAUCUUACGGCCGUCUCACGUACAACACGCCUUCCCCCCCUCCCCCACCGUGACUGCAGAGUCGACGGCGAGCCGACUCAUGCCGUUCUCAAUUUGGCAGGAGAGACGUCGUAAGGGUUCAUGGAGCCGCGUUACAGGAGCAAUACUGUGCAGCUGCAGCAGCUGUACACUAUCGAGGCAGCAAGGAUAGGCUGUGAGAGACCCAUUCAUGCCAGCACGUCGAAGGUGUUUAGUGGCAGACAAGCUGCCUCGUCACUUUGUGAAGAGGACGAUGCAGUGACGCCUGGUGAAAGCGUGGACCCCUGUUGGGUGGUACCACGAGGAGGAGGAGCGGCAUCUCCACACGUAUUGCGACACGCUGGUCUGGCGCAUUGCGCGGAUUCCCAUUGUAUACGACUCAACCCAUCUGCGUGGCCUCCUGCAGCGACUGUACUGUAGUGUCGUGUGCGCGUACGAUGGGCACGUGAUGCGGUGCCUCUGGGACCUAUCGCUUCGGUUGCACACGGUGUACAACCGAGACACCACUGCUGUGAUCUGGGAUGCGAUGGUAGCAGGGGCGAACCACUCAUGCUACCACAUUGUGGACGACGACGCCACGUCGCAGGGCACGCUGAACCAAGUUAUUAUCAGUCUCUUUCGGUAAUUGCGUGUCUAAUACGCUGGCGAGGUGGCGGAGCUAAAGGCGCAGCACUAUACACCGGAGUCGCUGGAAGAUGAAGUGAACGGCGAUCACGUAGAGCUGUGGAAUGAGAUGUUGGCAGAGCUGACUACUGCAUCGACGCCGCUGACACCACAUCUGUGCCCGAAGUAG